AUGAUUGAAGAAAUCGUGGGCGAUUUGACGCCUACCAGGGCAGCACUGUGGUUCCUGGGGUUAUUCACGGCUUUCUGUGUGUUUCGCAAAUUCCAAGCCUCUGCGCAGAUCGCUCGCCUGGGUGCUCGUGCUCCCAAGGUCAAAUUUCAUCUCCCAUAUGCUCUCGACUUCAUCUACAAGGGCCAGGUGGCCAACCUCAAGCACGAGGAUAUCGAAUUCUGGGAUGACACCAUCAUGGCGGCCAGCGGGCGCAAAAAUUGCAAGACUGCUGAGGUCGAUGCUGGCAUCUCCACGCGCGUCGUUCUGACCAAGGACCCCGAAAAUAUCAAAGCGCUGCUCACCGGCCAGUUUGCAGAUUAUGGCAAAGGCGAGCCGUUCCACCGUGAGUGGAAAGAGUUCCUCGGCGAUAGCAUCUUCGCGACGGACGGCGAGCUAUGGUCUCGCUCGCGCCAACUUAUUCGACCUAUGUUCGCGCGUGAGCGACUUGUUGAUACCGAAAUCUUUGAGAAGCAUGUGCAGAAGCUCAUCCCCCUUCUCGGCGGUCACCCUAACGGCAGCAAAGUCGUCGAUGUCGGCUCUCUGUUCUUCCGGUAUACCCUCGACGCAGCGACCGACUACCUCCUCGGUCAGGGAACCGAUAGUCUCGAGAAUCCAGCUACACGGUUCGCCGAAGCAUUUAGAUACGUGCAACAACGACAAGCGGAGCUUUUCCGAUUCGGCGUCUUUAACUUUGCCAUGUCACGCACCGAGUUCCGCCGUAACCUCAAAAUCAUGGAUGGCUUCUUGCAGCCCUAUAUCGAGACUGUGCUGGCCAUGUCCCUGGACGAAUUAGACCAAAAGCUCUCCAAACGUGAAACCUUCCUCCACGCCUUAGCCCGCUUCACCCGCGAUCCUAAGGUCCUCCGCGACCAACUCGUCGCCGUCCUCCUCGCCGGUCGCGACACCACCGCCGGCACUCUCUCCUUCUGCCUCUUCGAACUAGCGCGUCACCCAGAAGUCGUCGCCAAGCUACGCACCGAGAUCCGCGACCGUCUCGGCGUCGGCGCUGACGCCCAGAAACCUACUUACGAUGAUCUCAAGACGAUGAAGUAUCUCAACGCCGUGAUCAACGAGACAAUGCGCUUCUACCCAGUAGUCCCCUUCAACGUGCGCUAUUCACUAAAGGAUACCACCCUCCCCCGCGGCGGUGGUCCAGACGGACAGUCCCCCGUCGGCGUGCGCGCCAACUCCCGCGUUAUCUACUCAACACUCCUCAUGCAGCGUGAUCCGGAUCUGUACGAUGGACCGGAAUCCAAGAAUUACUUCGACCCCGGCCGGUGGAUUCCCGAACGUUGGGUUGAAGGGUGGCAGCCACGGCCGUGGCAUUUUAUUCCAUUUAAUGGCGGCCCGCGCAUUUGUAUUGGGCAGCAGUUUGCGACUAUCGAGAUGGGAUAUACGAUUAUUCGGAUUUUGCAGGCUUAUGAGAAGAUUGUUGCGCUGCCGGUUAGUGGAGAGGAUUCUGUUAAGGAUCCCGUGUUGAGGUUUGAGGUUACGCUUAGCCCUGGAGCAGAGUUUAACUGUGUUUUUGUUAAGGAGGGGGAGGAGGCUGUCAAGGCUGGUAUUUGA